UCUCUUUCAUCGGGACUGCCUGAAAACUAUACACAGUGACAAAACAAGAUGGCGAGGCCCUUUAGAUCCCUUUUCUCUGUCGCCGGCACGUCAUUACCCGGCCCAUCACGCCCUCUUCCCCUCCGCAGAGCCCCUCUCGGCCAGGUGCGAACAGCAUUCAACCUCUCCGGAUUCGGCCGCUACCUCCCCACCCUCCCCACGUGGAAAUCCGACUCCGCCGAAGACCAAUCUGCCUCCGUUAUCGAUGAACCCUCCUCCUCCUCCCCGCCCGGCGAGACCACCUCUGACUCUCUCUUCGCCCCCUCGCCUUCCGCUUUUCCCGGCGACACCCAGCCCAAACUCUCCAAGAAAAUGAAGAAACGCGGCCUCCCCAACAAUACCUGGACCGAACACCGCUACGCCUCCGCCGCGCACAAAAUCUCCCACCGCAAACUCGGCUUACUCUCCCACCAGAUCGCAGGUCUGCCGGUAGAUGAGGCGAUUGUGCAGAUGCAGUUCUCGGAGAAGAGGGCGAGUAAGUGGGUGAAGAGUACAUUGGCGCUCGCGAGGGAUCAUGCGGUGGAUAAGAGUUUGAAGAGGGAUAAACUUGUCGUUGCCGAAGCAUGGGUCACCAAAGGCCGCAAAGAAGCCCGUAUCGAUAUCAAAGGCCGCGGUAAAUACGGUAUCAAACACCACCCUUCUGCGCGUAUCCACCUCGUCAUCCGCGAAGGUCUUACCCCGUCUGAAAAGGAGGAAAAGCAGUUCAAGAGGGAUUUGGGGAGAGUGAAGAGCGCAGGCGCCGUUAGGGAGGAUACACCGUUGAGGCGGAAGGUCGUUAGCGGGUGGACUUGGUAGAUGCGAGUUCAUGAGUGGAGAGUGCUUCUUAGAGGGGGCCGAAGAGGAGGGUAAUG